CAACUUCGCCCGGGAGACCGGCGUUGGACCUCAUGGCCAACCACAGAUUCAGCGUCGUAUCUGGAUCCGAGGAGGAAGCCUGUUGCUCUAAGAAAGCCAAGAUCUGUCUCGGCGUCUUUCUGGGCCUGGUGCUGGUGACCGUGGCGGUGGUGGUCGGAAUCCUGAUGGGGCGCCGGUCGCCCAAGUGGAACGGGAAGGGCAGCACUGUCGAUUUUCAGGAAAUCGUCCUGAGGCGAUGUUACACUUACAUUCGGGUGGUGCAACCGGAGCUGGGAGAUAGAGACUGCCAGAAGAUUGAGAAGGCAUUCACAAAUGCAUUUAUCUCUAAGGACCCCUGCAGUGCCAGAGAGGAAGACUACGACCCGCUAAUGAAGCUGGGGCAUCAGACUGUGCCUUGCGACAAGACAGUCUUUUGGAGCAAAACGAAGGAGCUGGCCCAUCAGUACACGAAGACUCAGAAGGGGCUGUUCACCCUGGAGAACACGCUGCUGGGUUACAUUGCAGACGACCUCAGCUGGUGCGGGAAAGCGGGCUCUUCUGAAAUAAACCAUGAGUCUUGUCCGGACCGGAGGAACUGCAACAGCAACUUUGUUUCUGUUUUCUGGAACCUGCUGUCCAAAAGGUUUGCAGAAAAUGCCUGUGGGAUGGUCCAGGUGAUUCUCAAUGGAUCCAUCAGUAACGCCUUUGAUAAAACCAGCACGUUCGGCCGUGUGGAGGUCCAUAGCCUGCAGCCGUCGAAGGUGCAUACACUAAAGGCUUGGGUGAUACAUGACAGUGGAAAAACUCCCAGAGACACAUGCUCAGGUUCCUCCAUAAAUGAGCUGAAAUUGAUUUUAAGAGGCAAGAAUAUCAAAUUUACCUGCCAGGAAAACUACAGGCCUAUCUAGUUUCUUCAGUGUGGGCAAAAUGCUGGGGCUUCAUCUUGCAGAUUUUGGGCAUGAGCCGCUCAGCAUGGUUAAGCACCUGCCGUGAACAUCGCCAUGCAGGACUUAGGAGACUUGUUGGUGGAAAGCUGAGGACUUGCAGGGGAUCGUCUGUCCCGAUAUCAACACCAGAGAUGGACCCCUUUUCCUCCCAAGUCUUCAAAUAACUUUAUGUUAUUGGGGCCAUUUUAAUCUUCAUCUCCUAAGAGUCCAGAACAAAUUAACUACUGUAGAAAGCCAGAACAGAAAUUGUAUAUUGUUAUGUCAUUUUAAUGUUCAUGUGAUGCUUUUAUGUUGUUUUUAUGUCGGUCACAUCAUUUCUGUUGAAGAAUGACCACCCAACUUCUGACGGGCAGGUCAAGAAAAGUCAGUGCCCAAACUUUUCAGAAAAUAUGACCUUUCCAAGUGAAGGGCCUUGUCUCAGGAGAUAGCUUGGUGCUCUUUCUACAGAUAAGCAAUGAAUGCCAUGGUUGCGGGUUGUGGGCCAUGCUUAUAUUCUGCAGGGUAGAAGCUACCCAUGUAGUUGGUGCUUUACCCCUAAUCCCUCCAACAUCCCUAUGAGGUUGAUGUUAUUAUCUCCCAUUUGUUACAUGUGAUAAAGGAAGUUGAGGGAGGUUAUAUCAUUUUCCCAAAGCCAUACAUUUAGUUCAAAGUAGAGCAUGAAUUUGAACUCAGAUUUAUUUCACUCCCAAAUUCACACGCGCUCUCUCUAGGCUUCUCGUACCAAAAUGGCAGUGCCUUAAAUUCUCUGCCAGUAAAUGCAUGUUGGAUUAAAUUGGAUACAAUAGAAUCUGAAAUGUGAUUUUUCUGGAUGACUUCAAAACUGACUUAUAUUUUUUCUCCUCCUCCUCUUCCUUCUCAGUGUCUUAUAUAUGUAGUAAGCUGUUAUAUAUAUUUGUUCCUCAUAGCAACAAUUUGUUUCUCACUUGAAUUUUACAUAAUUAGUAUUGCCUGGGGAUUAUCAAUUUUAUUAUUUUUUCUAAGAACCAACCUUUAACUUUGUUGAUCUUCUCUUUCUAUUUACUUAGGUUUUGCUUCUCUCUUUAUUGUUAGAGAUGGAGAGAUUCCUUCUAAUUUCUUUGGGUUUCUUUAUUCAGCUUCUUGAGAUGGAAGUGAAGAGCAUUGAUUUUUCAGUACAUUUGCUUUUCUUAAACAUAUAUUUUAGUACUGUAUUUUUUUUCUCUGGGUGCUGCUUUAAUUGAAGCUCUUAAAAAAUUUGUAAUAUGUCUCUUUCCAUUAUCAUUUAGUUAAAAUUUUUUCUGAUAUCAUUCUUAUUUAGAAAUGUGUUGCUGGAGUUCCCGUCGUGGCGCAGUGGUUAACGAAUCUGACUAGGAACCAUGAGGUUGCGGGUUCAAUCCCUGCCCUUGCUCAGUGGGUUAAUGAUCUGGCAUUGCCAUGAGCUGUGGUGUAGGUUGCAGACGCGGCUCAGAUCCAGCGUUGCUGUGGCUCUGGCGUAGGCCGGUGGCUGCAGCUCCGAUUGGACCCCUAGCCUGGGAACCUCCAUAUGCCGCGGGAGCGGCCCAAGAAAU